AUCAUGCGUUAGUUGUGAGUCGACAGUCACGAGAGGAGGGUUAGACGUGCGCCUCCUCAUGGCUGCAUCUUGCAACCUAACUCUGAGAAAAUUAAGGUGACAUACGGUUUAAUGAGCUUGACUGUGGAACUUUGGUGAACGUUAUGGAAAGGACGGUGAGUUGAAGGCGGUGAAAAAUGAACCAGAGUUGAAGGUGAAGGAGUAUACCUGGUAAUUGUUGGCAGGGUAGUGGCAUUGUGGCAUCCUUGAGGCCACCAUCACCAUCAUCACCACCACCAGUAUUACCUUGAUACACUGGUCGCACAACACUCGCACCAUGACUCCCACCAUAUCCGUACUCCGAAUGUCCGGGAGGCAGGCCAGGGGUACUCUGUCCCUGCAGAGGACUACGUCGUUCCUCUCUACCAGCCGAGUGGAGUAUCGCCCCUCCACCACCUCGGAGCGGGAGAGGGCAAGGUCUGUGGCGGCAUACUACAACCAGCCCGCUGUGGAGGCCGCUGCUAAAAAGAGGACGGUGCGACUGACACCAUCAGCGAUCCUCUACCAUGGCAGGACCGAUGACGAGGCGACGACGCUGAAAAGUGCCCAGUAUCUUCAGAAAGAACUGCCUGUGAGGAUUGCCAAGCGCAUCAUGGCGUUCCGAGACCUUCCUUUCAUUGUGGGAUGCAACCCAAUCAUUUUGGGUGUGCAUGAACUCUACCUAAGGGCCUUUAACAUCCUCAACUCUUAUGAGCCCAUCAAGACCCGAGAGGAUGAGAUCAACUAUAGCAGGAAGCUGAAAGAGCUGUUGGAGGACCAUCAGGAUGUGGUGACGCAACUGGCUUCUGGUUUUAGAGAAUGUAGACGUCACAUUCAGAAUGAGGAAUUGGUGGCACGGUUCCUCGACAAGACGCUCACAUCUCGUCUGGGUAUUCGCAUGUUGGCUCAGCAUCACUUGUCACUGAGGGAGAGCAAACCUAAUUAUGUAGGAAUAAUCAAUGUGAGUAUGAAGCUCAAGGAAACUAUAGAACGUAGCUGUCAGUUUGUGUCACAAGUGGCAGAACACAAGUAUGGCCGAGUCCCACAACUCAAGCUUUCAGGACAUGUGAAUGCUGUCUUCCCUUACAUAGAAUUACCAUUGGACUACAUCUUGCCUGAGAUCUUGAAGAAUGCUGUGCGAGCCACAAUUGAAAGUCAUUCAGAAUUUGAAAUGAUGCGUUUGCCACCAAUCAACAUCACUAUUGCCUCCAAUGAAGUUGACUUCAUUAUCAGGAUUAGUGACAGGGGAGGUGGCAUUCCCCACCACUUAAUGGAGAGAGUGCUAGAGUAUAACUUUACCACUGCAAAUGAGGAAAACUCUGAUUCAACACAAGAGGGACAUGUCUUCUCGGACAUGAUGGAGGCAGUAAACCCGAAUCCUGCUGGGGGACCAAUGCAUGGGUUUGGCUUUGGUCUGCCAACCUCACGUGCUUAUGCUGAGUACAUGGGAGGUAGCCUUGAUAUUCAGGCCAUGCAGGGGAUUGGCACGGAUGUCUAUCUCCGCCUCAAGCAUAUUAACAGCUCUAGUGCUUCCUUUAGGAUCUGAGGAGCAGGAAUUACACUUCUUUGUGUCUUCUCACUAGCAAUCCAUCAAGAUGAGGCAGGCAUGUUAUUUAUGUUCUUGCAUUGUAUUUAUUUACUUUCAUUAUAUUUUCUGCUAUAUUUUUGUGAUCUUUCUUUGUAUGAGUGAAAUUUACCCAAAUAUAGAACUAUGAUUUAGGAUUGCAAGUUAUUUAAGUUUUCGACAGUUAGAAAUGAGUGUUAAAGUUUUCUCUAUGGAGAGCUUACUAGGCCAAGUUGUUCCAAUGACAACAAUUCAUUGUUGCUCAGGGACUAUCAACAUAUUUAUGGAAGAAAGAUCUCAAUGAGCAUAACCUUAAUAUAAGCUUGCAUUGACAAUUGUUUAUAUAAAGUUUAUAUAAAGAUUCCUUUAAGAUCUGAGAUCAGGACAAGGUAACAGGAGCCUAGCAGAAAUGGAAUCCUCAUUACUUGUAUUCUAAUGUAGUGUCUUCCCAUGAAUUUUCACUGAGUAAUGAAAAAUAGGCUUAGAAUUUGUUCAUGUAACACAGUCCAUAUAAGUCAGUGUGGUGAUCACAUACUCAAAAUUCAUGUUGACAUCUUCCCAUGUCCUUCUUCAUUACUAUACUUACAAGGGAUAUUAGAAAAAUGUAUGGUAUUUUUGAGAUAACACAUGAUUUACACCCAGGUUAAAGGCCCAUGACAACCUGCCUGUUCUUCCCUGCUCCUGCCAUCACUCAUGCUCUAUGUUCAGCUAUUCAGAUAACACAAAACUAUCACUUAAUGGACAAUGAUAGAUCAUAAUUUUCAAGGUGUGGCUCAUGUUUCUUGAUGUUGAGGCUUUUGAAUAUGUUAAGGGCAUGCUGUGGUCGAGAUUUGAAAAGUUAAUAAAAAAAAGAUGUAGGAUUUAUGACUUGAAAUUUCAGAAUAUUAUAAGCCAUUGGUUGUCUUGCAUAGAGUUACAUUCAUAAUGUUAUUUCAAUUUUUUUUGAAGUGUGCUUUAGCAUGGAUAUACUUGAAAGAUGCCCUAAAGAAAUGUAGGGAAAGCUUUUUUAAAUUUUUCCAUACGUUAUGAGAUAUGAUUUUUUAAAGUUUUUGCAUUUCAUGACAUAAUCAAAACAGCAUGAAAAGUUGAUAUUUUGCCUCAUUGAAAACUUUCUAAUCACUUUAGGAAAAAAACUGGUUUGACAAAGUGUUACCCCAAUCAGUGUCAAUAAGUACACCAAGUUUCAAGACAGCAUGUAUAAUGGUUGAUUUUUUACAGUUUUUUAUAUCUUGAAAAAUCAUGUUUUGAGAUAUGGCUUUUUAAAGUUAUAGAAAGUUCAGCAUCCACGCUGUGUGUUUAUCAAAAUUAGUAGAUUUAUUAUAUGUUGUGUGUUGAUCUAUAGAGAAAUUGCAAACAACAAAUGAUCUAAUUAUUCCUAUAUUUAGUACUUCAUUUCAGGAGCUAUUUAUCUUGUGGUGACACUAUCAGAAUUCUUGGCUCUGGUUCUUAUUGCCUUUGCCGGUCGAUUUAGCUCACUGAUGGGUGUUCUAAGAAUGCUAUUUCAUAGAAUUAAAAUACCAUAAUCAUCUGUAGGCACCUUCUUGGUUGUCCAUGAGAUAAUCCUCUCGAAGUAAUUUUUUUUUAAGGUCCCAAUCAAGAUCAGCACCUCCAGGUAUGUACAUUUCUCCCUCUGCUUUCCUCUUCUCCUCCUCCUCGUGUAUUUUUCUCAUUUUCUUUUCCUUGAUUUCAUCUUCUUAGCUUCUGCUAUCAAAAGUGAGAUCCUCUUCCUGUCCCUUCCCUCUAAAAUCUACCCUGGUGUGCCAAAUGUUUCAGCUUGACCUGUCACUGAGCCAUCAUCUCUUCCCUCUUCUUUUCAUUAUCUCCUAUUCUCUUUUCUUCUUUUUCUUCAUCUCUCACAUCUUCAGUUGCUGUAGCCUAUUUUGCUUAUUUUCUUUGUUGCGGUAGGAAGAUCAGCAAAGAAAAAAAAAAAAACGUGAGAGCCUGCAAGCUGGAGUAUGACAUAACCUCUCCCUUUGCCUUUCUCUGUCGCACUGGGGUCAUGGAAUGCUGUAUGGCAAGGUAGAAAGAAGAUAAGCCCCACCACAGAGACCAAUACUUGUGGUAAAUUGACAAGGAAAAACAGGCAAUAUACCACAAUGCUUAGAGAGUGUUAAUUGCACUAUGCCUACCUCAUGGCAUACACUACUCAUAUUCCUUUAAACAUGUCAGAAUGAGUGUUGCCUUAUGCAUAGGCCCAUGAUUCAUAUACCAUAUGAAUUCUUAAUAUUUUUCCUACAAUAAUCUGCAGGAAUUGCAAAAAAAUUAUUUUUCAUCAUGAUUUACUAAGUCUUGACUGCAGCAUGCUCUUAAGUUCAGUGAUCAGUUUCAUAUGAUAACAAUGUCUUUAAGUGUGUUCUUACCAAUUAGAACAUAAACUACCAUGAAGAUGGAGACAUAAUUGUUUAACAUAAGGUUGCAGUGAUGUAAAUGACAGAAAAUGGCAAGAUUUUGUCUUAAGCUAAACCAGAUGGUCAUAAUAACUCUGUGAGAAAGUUAAUUGCCUUUAACCCUAUAUGAAAAAGGUGCUUACAUGAGCUGACAGAGAUAGAAUACACAAGGUCAUUUUGCUAAGCCUAUCUGAUUAUUUUUAUUUGGAAACAUACAUUUAAGAGAAAACUCUGUUGUUGAAUAACAUGGAAAGAAGUAAAAGUCAAAAGGCCGAGGAUAAUAGUAUUUGCACAUAUAAAAACAUCAGGGAGGUUUAAGCUAAUGAACACUUAUUAGAUAUUCUGUACAGCCAGGACUAUCCUACUAGAGCCAACUAUUUCUGCAUUAUGCCAUAACAGACAGACUUUCUGGGGGUGUAAGACAUACAGGCAUGGAUCAUCUCUUAAGGAUGUAGAACACAAUAACUGACUUUAUACACUACCUAAGGAUUGCUAGAUAACAGAGGCAAAGGUGUGAAAAGAUUGUCCAUCCCUCUCAUCCUUCCUGGGUAUUAAAUGGGAGACCUCAGUUGACCUGAGCACACUGACCAUUGCAUUUUAAGAUACCUAUGAUAUGGCACCUUUUAUAUGAGAAGUGUUGCUUUUGACAUAUGGAGGGUCUAUGAACAGGUGUUGAAAGGUAAUUACUAUUAACUGAUACUGAACAGUAAUAGGAUAAUCUCUGGAUAGGAAAACAACAGCUAGGCACAGAGAAGUCUUUUGAUGAGAAAGGGGGGGAAUGCAGCUAGAGCUUGGAUACAGGGUUCUGUGUAUGCAAUUAAAAAUGAGUUGAUUACAAUACAUCUUAUUCUAAAAGGAAUAAAUAUGCUGUUGCCAAUUUUGAAAUGUGUUAUACUGAAUUUUGUAUGUUAUUUAUUUAUGAUUUUUACUGUGAUGAAUUAUUUCAGGUAGUAGUAUACAUGUGACUCAAAAAGUUUCUUAAUCAUGUAACAAGACUGAAACCAAAACCAUAACAUGUUAUAUCUAAGUUGAAUGGAUAAGUUCCAGUAAAAGUCUCAGUCAGUCCAAUAUGUACUUUUUAAUUGAAAUUCAAUGUCUGUUCCUUUUUUAUAGAAGAAUUUUGUUAAUGUCUUCAAUCACUUAUUUAUGAAUAUUCCAGAAAAUUAACCUAUAUCUUACAAGCAUAUAUCUGAGACUUGCAUGAAAGUAUUAACUACGGCAGCAGUACAUAAUGAUAGUGACCAACUACAUAUCAUUACAUUGUAUAAGAUAAUACAAGUUAACAGUGUGUAACAGUUUAAACACAAGAUUGUAAACAAACCAUCGGUUAUUUAGAUAGCAAAUCGAAGGUCCUGUGCCUGGCCAAUGUGUUAGAUAUUGAACCCAGGUUUCAUCAUGCUUCUCAUAAAACUUUAUCAGUUAUGUCAUAAAUUAUUGUCCCUGGCAUACUUUAAUUAGUUCGUCUGCCAUUGUUGGCUUACACCUCAGCUUUCAUCUUCCUAGAGAUCAGUUUCUGGUGUUUCAGAUUAUGUUGUAUGUUGUGAUGAAACAUCUUUGUGUGUCAUUAAUUUGGCAUAGAUAAUCACCAAUACUUGUGUAUCAUCAGCACAGAUAUUUUGCCCCAUAUUUUCCGUAUCAUUAUUGAAGUAACACCAGUGUUGACCUGCAAAAAUGCAAGGAAUAUCUGUCAGAAAUACCAAAAGAAGAAUGAAAAAAUGGUCUAAAUAGGCUGUGGGAAUGUGCAGUGGAUAGCAAGGAUAUACAUUACACCAACUCAAUGCAAAUUUUUAUUAAACCAUAAGUGAUUGCCUCUGUCAUUAUGAGUCAUUUAUGCACAACAUGCUAAACUAGAGCUUUAUAUGAGUAUUUCAGUGGAGAGUUUUCAGUUUAUUACAAAAAUGUAAUUAUCUUGAAUAUGAUUUUCUAUAGAAUUUUAAAUGUAAUGCACAUUUCUAACUGAAAAUCACAAGGAUUCUAGGUUAGUAAAAUCUUUAUUCUUCUGUGCAGUAACCAAACUAGAUUUAUUCUACCAUUAAGUCAUUAACCAUGAUAGCAUGAACAAUACUUACUUAUGAUAGCAAUGUACUCAUCCCAUCAAUAAUUGUUGUUUGAAGCAUUCAUAGAGUGUAGAACAAACAGUUAAAUAUGAUUUAAAUAUUGCCUUUUCAGCCAAAAAAAAAUAUCAAUUCCCCUACAGUGUGUCUUCAGUGUCAUUAAUGAACUGAGAUCAAUACAGUUUUAAGAAAUGGAAGAAUGUGUGUAUUAAUAAGGUAUCAUUUGAUGUAAUAACAUUGUAUGUAAAAGUUGGUAUGAUUUGUAGAAUGAGUGUGUGGAUGCAAUUGCAUAGUGUAUAAGUGAGGAAGCCAGAAGAAAUGAGCAACUGGAAACAAAACCAGAUUUCGAUGGAGUAUACAUUGAAGAACAAAAUGACAUCAGGAUUGCAAUCAUAGGAGUUAUCCCUGUUUUUUGUUUAUGAAUCUUAUUUAUUAAGGUUGAAGUAUAAGCACUGCUAUACCUCAGAUAUUCAAAACAAGCAAAGACAGACUAUUGAUCACAACACUAAGGAGAUGGAAAUGGUGUUUUCCAUCUACAGUACAGAUACUUUUUAUUUUUAUUUUGUUUGUAGAUGGGAAUGUUAGUCAUAAAAUAAAAGGUAUAUAAAUAGUUGAUAAGGGAGGAAGGAAAGUGACUGUUUCAAGAACACAGUACAUGUUGGAGAAACAGAGAACCUUUAUAUGUAAUGAACAUGAAGAGCUCUGUACAUAUGGCUGUACAAGGGAUAUGGAACCUAGUCUUAUUGGCAGUGAAAAUCAAUUUUGCAAUAUUAAUGUAUUUAUGAGAAUUCAUACAAUAUAGAAAGUGCUAGAAAUGUGGGGAAAAAAGUAUCUGCUGCAAAAGCAUAAAUGAUUGCAUCUACACUGUGGAGUCUACUAAAAACAGGUCUUUUGUGAUUAUCUGACCUACAUCAUGAUUGCUGUGCAACUCUUCUUGAUCAUAGCACGUGGCUUACUAUAUAUAAAGUGAAUCAAUUAUGUCUCAAAUAUUUAUAACAUUUGAUUACAAUGUGUAGUUUGGAAUGAAUACAUUAUUAUAUCAAAGCUCAAAACUGUAUCAGAACACUGAGGAUGUGUGAUGAUGAUGCUAGAUGAAAGAAAAAAAGGAAGUAGUAGUAAGUAAAUAAUGAAGAAACUAUGCUAGAAUGAAAAAAAUGAAGUCUGUAAAAUAAAUUUGCCAUGAAGGAAUCAGUUUGAGAUGUAUGUAGAUAAAUUAGAUAUAUUCCCAUGUAAAAGAAGUAUGUUUGAAGAUCUGAAGCACUUCAUCUCAACAGCAUCCAGAAUCUAGAUUAUUCUUGCACUGUACUCAAGUGUCUUAUUGCAAGCUUUGGAUGUCAUUUCUGUCUAAACAGAGCUUAGUUGAUUCAGUCAUUCAUUAUUUUGUGUAUAUCUUUUUUUACUUAUAUAAGUUUUUCAUAUAUACAUUAUCUAUUUGAGUUGAUAGGUUUGGAAAGGACAUGGAGUAUGUAAUAAGGAAAGUGAACAAUAUAAGUCAUUGGUUGCACUUCAUGUACUAUUACUGAUUCGUUUGGCCAUUCUUCUAGGCAAUAAAAAAAAUAUUCAUUUGUCAGGAAAUGUUGCAGGUUUGUGAGUAGUAGUAGAUGUGGUUUGUAUGUUAAAGGAAGAGCUAAUGACUAGUGCUGCAGUGUUAUUGAGAAGACAAAUUAUUGUCAAAGUUAUAUAUAACCUGUGGCAAAAUUUGUUAGCUUUCAAAUAAUAAUGUGUGUUGUGAAUAAGAUUUAAACUUCAUAUAUUUUUAUAGAUGAUGUGGAGAUAUAAAUUAUGCUGUGGUUCUGUAGGUUUUUUCUUUAUUUUUAUUAUUUAUUGUUUAAUCAUCAACUAAUUAAAUAUUGUUAUAUAAUAGACACUGUGUGUGUGUGUGUGUGUGUGUGUGUGUGUGUGUGUGUGUGUGUGUGUGUGUGUGUUCACGUAGAAGUUGAUGUUAUUGAAUUAGAAGUGAAGUGUCGCAUUCAAAGAAGAAACCUGUUUAACAUAGAACGUUUAGUCUGUGAUACUAAUUUUUUAGGCUCCACGUCUUGUCAGAGUCGCAAUAUAUUUACACACUGCUGCGCAUAUUAUCGAUGUGGUGAAUGGUUUAACAAAUGUAUCGUCAUUCAUGGUAAGUGCUACAUUUAAUUUAGUAUAUUUAUUGUAUAUACUGUGAAAAGUGACGCUAUGUGGGCAACCAGUUUAUCCCUCUUUUUCACUUUGCUAGAUAGCUCGAAGCAUUAAUUUUCCAUGAAUUAGUUCGAGGUUGCUAUAGCGUGUAAAAUGGAAGUAAUAUUGCCAUUGCCGUCUCCUAAAUCGUCAUUAUUAGACGAAUAACAGUGGAAAGGUUCUGGUGUAUUUGUAACUAAAUUAGUUGUGAUUGUCUCAACGACCCUGACUACUAGAGUUUGUGCAAUUGUUAUUGGAAUCUGAUACAAAAUAAAGUGAACGAGCA